UGCCCCAUUGUUGGUGUCAGUGGGAGGAAUAGUGCCCCAUUGUUGGUGUCAGUGGGAGGAAUAGUGCCUUAUUUUGGUGUCAUUGGGAGGAAUAGUGCCCCAUUGUUGGUAUCAGUGGGAGGAAUAGUGCCCCAUUGUUGGUAUCAGUGGGAGGAAUAGUGCCCCAUCGUUGGUGUCAGUGGGAGGAAUAGUGCCCCAUCGUUGGUGUCAGUGUGAGGAAUAGUGCCCCAUCGUUGGUGUCAGUGGGAGGAAUAG